AUGGUAGCAAAGGGGAGGAAGAACGCGGCAUCCCAGCAUGACAGACGCAACGAGAGUGGCCUCGCGGCUCCGGGCAAGCGUGUCCAGCGCCAGAAGAGCAACCCCGCGCUCAACCCCGCGCCCCAGGCACCCGCCGACGCCGCGCCCAGCCCCGCGAGCGACCCAGUAGAGCAGCAGCCCGCGCCACCGCAGCAGACGCACGCGCGCGCGCAGCAGCAGCAGCAGCAGCACAACGAACCCCCGCCGCCGCCGCCGCCGCCACCACCGCCACCCAGCAGCAUCCACGACUCGACCCCCGCCGCCAGCGUGCUCGACAACACCCCCGCCGCCGACAGCCCGCCCGUCGAGCGUGCCAGGAGCGCCUCGGACGCGUCGCUCGACAACCCAGACAUCUGCCGCCACGCUGCCUCUCCAGCUGCUGCCCGCGCCAAUGGCCACUCCAAGCCGCCGUCCGUCUCCAUGGCCACGCUGCUCGCUGUCCCCGCCACCAUUCUCACCUCCUGUCCUCUGCGGGACGUCCUCGCCAUCCUCAUCAUCCUCCUCCAGCUCCCCCCCACCGUCCUCACCGUCGUACAGUUUCUCUUUGCAACCCUCACUUUCGUGCCCCCCCAAGCCGGUACCCCCCUCUCUGCCCUCUCGGCGUUUCCCUCCUUCACCGACAUCUUCCAGGGCUCCGGUGGCACCCCCUCUCUCUUCACCACAAUCGCCGCCGACGCCUCCAUCCUGCUCGUCUGGCUCGUCCUCUGGGUGCCUGUGCAGAACUUCUUCCUAGAUCUCGCCCAGGCAGUCAUCGCCAUCGCCCUCGGCGGCGCCGCUGCUGGCAAGGCUGGCACCACCAACGGCAUUUUCAUCUGUGUUGUCAUCAUUCUUUCCAACCACCUGCUCAGGUUCAGGCCUCUCCGGCAACACAUCGUCCACUUCCUGUGGUCCGGGCUCGCCCGGGGAGGCUUGGAAUUCCUGACGAGCCCGCCGAGCGCACCAAGUUAUCUGGAAAGCUUCUCAAGCCCCCACGGAUGGCCCCGCAGCCUCCUGGGCAUCCACAUCUUGGCCCAAGGUGUCGUUCGCAUUAUUCGGCGCUCUCUAUCUCGACGAGACGUAGCGCAGUCACUGCCCACGGGCAAGAAAACGGACCCCGAAGUGGGCAACCUCCAGCGUGCCAAUUCGACCUCGCUCCACCCGCCUACCGACGUGCCAAAUACCUCGAGUACCGAUGGCCGCCCCCCGGGGCCGUCGCCCGCAUUGCACAAGGACAAGGCGAGCAGCUCGCGGAGGAAGAGGAAGCAAGCUACCCACGUUCGUUCUCAGCAGCCUUUUUGGGCUGCACUUGCCAGUACAAAAGUUACCGUUUUAAAAGAGAUGGAAAGUAGCCGGGCAGCAAACGAUGCCGACGAGGCCAACGCAAAAGACGCAAAUCACAUUGGAAACGCUAUUUGGAGACCGGAAGACGAUCGUGUGUGGAUUUCGGAAGUUGGCUACUCCGACAUUUCAUUUCGUGUCAGUCUGUUCAACGCGGCAGACGUUCAAGAGGAGGAAGAUUCAAGUGUUGGCUCCGGCAUCGACAAGUCGAAGCCUUUCUACAUCCGCGUAAACGGUGCAGAUUGGAGCUCCGCCCGGAUCCGUCAAAGCACUUCGUUGGGAUACCAGGGUCAAGAGGGAACGGGCUUCUGGGUAGGAGAGAUUUUUGGUCUCACGGCACUUUCAAACUACUAUUGCGAGUUCGUCAGGACUGUUGACAACGAAGUCUUCUACUCCACCAGCCUUAUUACCUCAGCCGGCCCGGUUGCUGAACUAGCCUCCAUCGCCUCACCGCCAGCUCAUCAGACCCUCCGCCCAUCUUCGCCGACGACAACCCUCAAGAACUCGAUCGCCGCGGCCGACCAGCAGCUACAGGAGCAGCGCAAUCGCCUGAAGCGAAACAAAAAGGACCACAAGACAGCCAUCUCUACCAUCAAGAAAGAGGUCGAUACGCUCAGCAAUCGCUUGUCGAAUGCUGGAGGCAGCGAUGAGCGCCAACGCCAACGUGUCCUUCAGUUUACGCAAAAUAUCCGGCAGGCAGAUGAUGCUGCCGCCGAUUUUGCCCUCCAGGCAGACAGCUUGGGCGCGAUCCCGGAAGAGGAGACUCGGGAGGCUGCAGCCAAGAAAGCAGAGUGGAAGAAGCAGCGGGACAACAAGAACGCUGUGGCUCGCGAGUUCGAUGCAGUCAAGGCUGAAAUCGAAGCACAAGUUCAGAGCGUAGAGACAGACAUCUCGACCGCCUUACAGAAGCGAGAGCGUCUCCAGCAGCGUCAAACCAGACUGAACGAGCAGCACGACCGCCUCGUCACCGCCAACCAGGAAGGCUUUACGGCUAAGCAGCGAAGGGAGCAGGAGCGUCAUGCUUUGAGACUACAGCGCGCCGACGUUGAACAUCAGUAUCGCAACAACAUCAACGGCUUCGAACGUCGAGCUGAAGAGCAGAACAUUGCCACUUCUCAGAUUAUGCAGACGGCCCAGCACUACGAGGCUCUUCUUUUGCAGAGUGCGCAUCACGAAUCGAUCCCUACAACGCCCGAAGGACCCCUCCCCGGUACGACCAUGUCACCCCACGCCAACGCCUUCACUAGCUUCACCUUUCCCUCUCUGCGCCAUGUCGGCAGCACUCCUGGUUCUCUUCGGGGUGGCCGCGGUCGCUCGUCUUCUAUGCUGUCUGAUGUCUCUGGCUUCACUGACGGUUUCGAGGAGCACAUAUCUCCCGCAUAUGCUCUCGAAAACCCCUUCAACAUUCCUGGCUUUGUCAACGGUCAUACCAACGGCAGCCAGGACAGUGGCAGCCUCAGCUCGGGGACCUCGAGUCAGAGCUCAAGCCAGAGAGAUCCGUUGAGCCCGGUACAGAGCAUCAAACCGAUGAUGCUCCGCAGUGCAACAAGCGGCAGCGCUGGGUUGAUGAAUCCAAUCGGUAGCGGAAGGAAAUCUUAG